AUGGCUGGGGCGAGGCGCACUCCUGCGUUGGCGGGGACCUUUGUUUCUGCGGAGCCGGAGAUAAAAUUUGCACCCGAGACUACGGCGCUGGAGACUAGUGCUUCGACGCGGGUCUUAGAGGCAGUGUUUACGAUGGUCGGGGGUAAAGCAGAGGAAUCUGCGCCGGUGAGGGUGGCUUUUAGGACUCCAGUGAAAGCUGGAGUGAUCGAGGAGUGA